AUGGUUUUCAUCACUCCCUUCAUCGGUGCUGCUGCUCUCCUCUCCGGCUUCGCGGCCGCUCUGCCCCGACCGGACCACCCUGCUGAACCCGUCGUGACCUCGUCUGCUGCCUACUCCCCCCCUAAGUACGAGGCGCCGAAGUACGAAGCUCCUAAGUACGAGCCCCCCAAAGCAGAGGUUUCCACCAGCAGCGUCCUCUCCAUCGCUGUUCACGAGACCACCUCCUCCGUUGCUCAUGAGACCACCACCGCUGUUGUUCACGAAACCACCUCAACAUCAGCAGCGCAUCCCGUCUACACAUCUCCCUCGUACGGAUCAGGUGCAUCCAACUGGAACAACCAGGGCUACAAUGACUGCGUUCAACAAUGCGUUGCCAGCUAUGGCUCGCUGCCUCCUGCCACCUACACGCCCACGGCCACCAACGCUGGCGUCUACGGCACGGGUGCAACCCACACCGUUAUUGUCGCCCCUACCCAGGGCGUUCUGAGAUACAUCCCCUUCGCUGUCAACGCAUCUGUCGGUGACACCAUCAAGUUCAUGUGGGGCGCCAACAAUCAUACCGUCACCAAGUCCUCGUCUCUGCAACCCUGCAACAGGUCAUCAGAUGCUCUCUUCGCAUCAGGUACUCAGAACAAGGACUUCGUUUUCACCCAAGUUGUCAACGAAACCAGCCCUACGUUCUUCUACUGCGCUACUCCCAAUCACUGCCAGAGGGGCAUGUUUGGUAUCAUCAAUGCCCCCAACGCGUUCCAGGCUCCCACAUCCGUCGGUAGCAUGAUGAGUACCCUCGCUGCCAACAACUCUAAUAUCGCCGCGUAUGCCGCCUACACUGCUAAGGAGACCACUGGCAACCCUGCUGCUGCCAGGUGGGGUGCCAACAUCGACAUGUCCUCUGUGCCAGACUGGGCCUAUGAGACCCUCGCUGAGAACGUCAUGUAUACCCGCACCUUCCUCGCCGCCAACCCUGAAGUCCUCAAGGAAGACGGCUCUGUUGACCUCAGUGCUGCUGGAUCCACUCCUUUGAUGAUCCCUCAGGAUCUUGGCGCUGCUUUGAACAACGCUGCUGCUGCUACCCCCAGCGCUCCUGCUGCCACCACCUCGGCCUCGGCCGCCCCAGAGCCGUCGACAUCUGCGACCGGAACCACGGAAAACCUCAGCAACGGCGCCUUCUCAGUAUCAUCACACAGGGUCGUAGUCGGCCUUGCCGCCGCCCUCGUUACCUUCAUGAUGAUGUAA